GGCGAACCCAGGAGUCUGGGUUCGUCGCGAUGAACCCAGCUCGUGGCGUCGUCGCGAUGAACCCAGCUCGUGGCGUCGUCGCGAUGAACCCAACUCGUGGGUUCGUCGCGAUGAACCCUGCUCGUGGGGUCGUCGCGAUGAACCCAACUCGUGGGUUCGUCGCGAUGAACCCUACUCGUGGGUUCGCAACGAACCCAGGAGCGUGGAUUCGCGACGACACUUCAAGCGCAGAAAAAUUGAUUGAGAACUCAGCUUGCGUCUGGGUUCGCGACUUGGCAGAGAUUGAGAACCCAGCUUACGUCUGGGUAUGUCGCGAACCCAAGCGCGAGCUGGGUUCAUUGCCAACCCAAUCACACGAGUUGGGUUCAUUGUGAACCCAGUCGCGCAAACUAGGUUCAUCUUGGGUUCGCAAUGAACUCAGGCGCCUGGG